GUAUUCCGAGGUGCUUAUGGUUCAAAAUAAAGCUGCUGUUCAAAAAGUAAAGCCUAGUCCUGUUGCUUCCACUGCUGUGAGGGAGUUAACCCCGACUACGGUCAGGAAUAGCAGAGCAGGAAAGGUUAACAAGAUUUAAUGAGGAAGUGAUUAAAUGAGGAAGUGUUCAGUCGUCGGUUCAGAGAGCAGAAAGAAGAGAUCAGACUUGAGAAGAUGAGUGAUGUGGAGGAGGAGAAGGACGGAGCAGAGUCUGGAGUAUUCGGCUCUGAGUCUGUGAAGACUGAGCGCUCCAAAGAUCCUCCUCCAGACUUCAGUGAUGGACCUGGACCCUCAGACACAAAAGAGGAGGAGGAGGAGAAGAGGAGGCUUGUUUGUGAGGAGGAGCAGCCGUCCUGCUGUGCUUCCUGUCAGGACGUCCUGAAGGAUCCCGUCUCUACCAGCUGUGGACACUGGUUCUGCAGACGGUGCAUCAGCUCAUACUGGGACCAGUCUGCUCCACCAGGAGACUCCUCCUGUCCCCAGUGUGGACAAAGACCCAGAACCAGGGACGUUGGUCUGCAGGAGGUUUUAGAUGAAUAUAAGAUCAGUCUGAGGAGGAGAUGUGAACGUGUGACUGAAGGAAGUGAUGCAACAGGAAGUGGAACCCUCCUCAACAGGAUCUACACUGAGCUCUACAUCACAGAGGGACAGAGUGAAGAGGUUAAUACCCAACAUGAGGAGAGGCAGCUGGAGACAGCUUCCAAGAAGAAGACCGUCCACGACGCUCCAAUCAGGUGCCAGGACAUCUUUAAAGCCUUACCUGACCAACAGGGACCCAUCAGAGUGGUUCUGACGAACGGCGUCGCUGGCGUUGGAAAAACCUUCUCGGUGCAGAAGUUCAGUCUGGACUGGGCAGAGGGUUUGGAGAACCAAGAUGUCAAUGUGGUGGUUCUGCUUUCGUUCAGGGAGCUGAACUUGAUCAGAGAUGAGCAGUACAGUCUUCUGGAGCUGCUCCAUGUUUUCCAUCCAACAUUACAGAAGGUCCCAGCAGAGAAGCUCGCCGUCUCUAAACUUCUGUUCAUCUUUGACGGCCUGGAUGAAAGCAGACUUCCUCUGGAUUUCACCAACAUGGAGGUUGUGUCUGAUGUCACACAGAAGUCAUCGGUCAACGUGCUGCUGACAAAUCUCAUCGAGGGGAAUCUGCUUCCCUCGUCUCUCGUCUGGAUAACUUCCCGACCCGCGGCGGCCAAUCAGAUCCCUCCUGAGUGUGUCGACAGGGUGACAGAAGUACGAGGCUUCACUGACACCCAGAAGGAGGAGUACUUCAGGAGGAGGGUCAGUGAUGAAGAGCGCUCCAGCACAAUCAUCUCACACAUCCAGACAUCCAGGAGCCUCCACAUCAUGUGUCUGAUCCCAGUCUUCUGCUGGAUCACUGCUACAGUUCUGGACCACAUGUUGACUACAGAGCAGAGAGGAGAGCUGCCCAAGACCCUGACUGACCUGUACUCACACUUCCUGCUGGUUCAGACCAAGAAGAAGAAGCAGAAGUAUGAUGAGGGACAUGAGACGAGUCCACAGGAGCUGACGGAGGCUGACAGAGAAGUUCUUCUGAAGCUGGGGAGGCUGGCGUUUGAACAGCUGCAGGAAGGAAACAUCAUGUUCUACCAAGAAGACCUGGAGCGCUGUGGUCUCCAUGUCACAGAGGCCUCGGUGUACUCAGGAGUUUGUACAGAGAUCUUCAGAAGAGAGAGUGUGAUCUUCCAGAAAACAGUCUACUGCUUCGUUCAUCUGAGCGUUCAGGAGUUUCUGGCUGCAGUCUACAUGUUCCACUGUUACACCACCAGGAACACAGAGGUACUGAGGGCUUUUCUGGGGACAGACUGGGACAAUAGGGGGUCAUCUCUGGAUGUCUUCCUGAGGGGAGCCAUGGAGAAAUCCCUUGAAAGUAAAAAUGGCCACCUGGACCUGUUUGUCCGCUUCCUUCAUGGCCUCUCUCUGGAGUCCAACCAGAGACUGUUAGGAGGCCUGCUGGGUCAGACAGACAACAGUCCAGAAGUCAUCCAGAGAGCCAUCAACAACCUGAAGAAGAUGAGGACUAUGAAGAUCUCUCCUGACAGAAGCAUCAACAUCUUCCACUGUCUGACGGAGAUGAACGACCUCUCAGUCCAUCAGGAGAUCCAAGAGUUCCUGAAGUCAGAGAACAGAUCAGAGAAGGAACUCUCUGAGAUCCACUGCUCAGCUCUGGCCUACAUGCUGCAGAUGUCAGAGGAGGUUCUGGAGGAGUUGGACCUGAGGAAGUACAACACAUCAAGGGAGGGACUACAGAGACUGAUUCCAGCUGUGAGGAACUGCAGAAAGUUUGUACUUUCUUACUGUCGGCUCUCAGAGACUGACUGUGAAGUCAUAGCCUCAGCUCUGAAGUCCAACCCCUCCCAUCUGAGAGAGCUGGACCUGAGUAACAACAACCUGGAGGAUUCAGGAGAGAAGCUCUGUGCUGGACUGGAGAGUCCAAACUGCAGACUGGAGACUCUGAGAUUGAAGCGCUGCAGUUUGUCAGAGAUCAGCUCUGCUUCUCUGGCCUCAGCUCUGAAGUCCAACCCCUCCCAUCUGAGAGAGCUGGACCUGAGUUUCAACAACCUGCAGGAUUCAGGAGUGAAGCUGCUGUGUGAUCUUCUGCAGAGUCCAAACUGCAGACUGGAGACUCUGAGAUUGGAGGGCUGCAGUUUUUCAGAUAUGAGUUGUUCUUCUCUGGCCUCAGCUCUGAAGUCCAACCCCUCUCAUCUGAGAGAGCUGGACCUGAGCCGCAAUGGGCUGCAGGAUUCAGGAGUGGAGCUGCUGUGUGAUCUUCUGCAGAGUCAAAACUGCAGACUGGAGACUCUGAGAUUGACGUACUGCGGUUUGUCAGAGAUCAGCUGUGCUUCUCUGGCCUCAGCUCUGAAGUCCAACCCCUCCCAUCUGAGAGAGCUGGACCUGAGAGACAACAAGCUGCAGGAUUCAGGAGUGAAGCUGCUGUGUGAUCUUCUGCAGAGUCCAAACUACAGACUGGAGACUCUGAGGGUGGAUGACGGAGUAUUCAGGGCUCCACCUGACAGAUAUGAAGGACAUCCGUCCACGUCCAACCCAACCCUGGAUGAGUCUGAGGACAGCAGGAAGGGGAGUGUGGAUGAAGAGGAUCCGCUGUGUCCUGAUGAUCCAGAGAAGUCCAAGCAGCAGCUGGUGUGUGGAGAGGCUCUCAAUGCAAACGAAAAGUUCAGUUUCACACCUGAACUGCUGACUGAGUCUGGAAAGACUUCAUACAGGUUCAGGUGUCCCGGUCAAGGUGUGUUCCAGUGUGCUUUGACUGGACUGGUGUUUGUUUUGGCUCAGGAGGCGGAGCUUCAGUACAACACUGUCAUAUGGGACGAGAGCCUCGUCCAAUCAGCUGGCAGGACGGCUGCAGGGCCGCUGUUCAGAAUCGAGAGUUCAGAUGAUGCUGCUGUCUGUCAGCUCCACCUGCCACACUGUGAAACAGAGGAAGCGUUGCGUGUUGAAGGCCUGUUGUCUGUCGUCCACAUCACUGAUGAUGGAAUGAGCUUCUUGGAGCCGCUGGAGGUCUCAGACACUCAUGUGAUGGUGAAGGUUCCUCACCUCUCUGCCUUUGGUCUGACUCGCAUCACCACAUGGCUUUGGAGCAUCGUUUGGCCAAUAAAGGCCCAAGUUCUGCUGUUCCUGCGAACUCCCAUCAGAAGGAUUCCAGUACUGGAUGUAUUACUGCUGCCUGGCAACGUUCCUCUAACUGAGGUUACAGAGAGACAUAGCCGUGGUGAGCACCUCCUGACCCCUGCCAACUGUGAACUGAUGGAAGGUAAACCCUACAAGGUUCACUGUUCACCUGGGAACUUGAAAGUACAGCCGAAGCGUGAUAAAUUUCGCUUAGACUAUGGACCAAAUUACCAUCCAACAUUUCAAGUGUCACUGAAUCCGAUCCCAGAGAGCGUGACUUUGACGGUCCAGGAUGAAGAGGGCGGAGAAGUCUGGACACAUGACGUGGAUCUUCCAGGCCAGUCUCCCAGCACGACAAACACUGAAGCUGUUUCUGAGCAAACUGAAGCUCAAACUCAGAGAGGAGCAGGACACCAAACAACCAGCGCCCAGUCUGGAGGUGUCGUCCAAGCACCUCGGCUUGAAGAUGUUAAUGCACGGGAUAUAAACUUCACCGUCAACAACAUAUGGCCAGUCUCCCAGCACGACAAACACUGAAGCUGUUUCUGAGCAAACUGAAGGUGCAGGAAGAAAUGUCCCACCAGAGGACAUCCACACCUUUCCACAGUGCUGAGGCUCAGAUGAAACAAGAAGCUGAAGUGUGACGAUCCAAACUGAUGUCAGAGUGUUGUUCUCUGUUUCAGCCACUAGAUGGAGGCAGAACGUCUCUGCAGCAGAUUUCUGAGUGACCAUUGGACGCCUGAUAUGCACAUUUUAGAUUCUUACAGCUUCUCAGGAACUCUGGCUCAGGGCAAUGUUGUUUGUUUAUUUUGUUUUUGCAUCUUUAUUUCUUAUUUGGUGACAAAAAUCUUCAGGGGAAAGUAAACUGUCUCUAGCACUUAUUGAUGCACUAAUGGCUCUUACUGCAUUAUGCCUUGAUUGUUUGCUUUUUUCUUCCUGUAAGUCGCUUCGGAUAAAAGCGUCUGCUAAAUGACUAAACUUAAGUCGAAGGAUCAGAAAGUGAAUGUGAUGUAAAUAAUGUAACAUAAUCAGAGAGUCGGUCCAUCUGCUGCAUUGGUCUCUUUCUAUCUGCAGACAGAAAGGAGCUUCUUGGUUGAUGCAUAUUCAAAGACUAAUCCAAGUACUUGUAGGUUUAGGAACCAUGUUUGGUAAUAAUUGUCCCCUAACAUUAGCAUCAUGUUAGAACAUAUAUACCAGGGCUGAGGGACGCAGCUGCUGCAACACGUUCAGUCUUCAGAUGUGGACUUGAGAAGGCAGAACCUGAAAACCUUUCCCCUUUAAUUAAAGUCUGGUCAGCUGGGAACUUUAGUGCCAAAAGAGAGUUUCACUCGGUUUCUUUCUGAGCUGGAAACUCUUCUCUCAGGUGUCAAUCUGGUGAAAUAAUUUCAGCCAGUGAGGCGAAUCAGGGUUUCAAACCAGGGUCGCACAUUCCUGCACAAACUGUCCAGCUGUUCCACUCCAACAACUGGUUGUUUUACACGUUUUUCACGUUUCCAUUUUAUAUUCUUGUUUUUUUUUACUGAGUUUAUUGUUAUGUUCCAAAUCAACAAGACAAAUUCUUUGUAUGUUACAAACCGACUUAAACUGCAAUAAACUGAUUCUGAUUCAGUCUCAGAAAAUGUUUGUCUGACUUAUUUUAUUGUGAAAGUUGUGACCUGAACACUUCUUUUUUAUGGGAGUCUUAUUUUAUUGUGAAAGUUGUGACCUGAACACUUCCUUUUAACAUCUAAUUUGUUUUAUUGUGACAGUUGUGAACGGAACACUUCCUUUUUACAGGAGCUUCAUAUAUUUUAAUCUGAAAGUU